AUGGGGAAGAAGGGCAAGUGGUUCGGCGCCGUCAAGAAGGUCUUCAGCCCUGAAUCCAAGGAAAAGAAGGAGGAGCUCCUCCUCCUCCACCAGGCCGAGGAGGUCAGGAUCCCUGAAGCCGAGCAGGAGCAGAGCAAGCAUGUCACCGUGGAGGAGGCCCCUGCUGCCCCAGCACAGGCGUCGGUGCUGCCACCUGGUGUGCCAACCGAAGUGCUCGCUGCAAUCAAGAUCCAGACCGCCUUCCGAGGUUACCUGCGCACGGAUCGGUCGACGCACGAUGAGGUUGGUGGUAGGUGCGGAUUCGUCCUCAGGCACUUCUAUAGGGGGGGCCGCGGGAAGCCACCGCAUAGGGAGUCGUCGACCUCGGCGAGGUCGGAGAGGACGCCCCCAAGGAGCGACGGGGACGGCAGCGCGGCAGGGGUGCAGGGAUGGGGAGCGACACGCGCAGCGGUGGCUCACGGGAUUGGGGAGGAGAUCGGGAGCGCCUCCAUGUCGCGGGGCAAGGGUGAGGGGGCUUCUGUGGUGCGCGCAUGGAUCGAGCGAAGCGCAGCACGCCGAUCUGAGCAGCAGUUGCGCGGUGGCCGGGCGGAAGGGGAGGAGGGCGAUAGAAGGCCGUGGGCUCUGGGCUGGGCGUCGUGCGCGACGGCGGUUCCGCCGCGGAGACAUGAUAGAGGGAGCGGGGCGGGGCGUUUAGCGUGGGGUGAUUACGGAGGGGGUGAAGCGAUUAGGACUAAUCAUAAGAUAACCUCCGGGUCUUUUUAG